CGUUUCCCGCCGGCGGGAGCUGCGGUUGUGGUGGCGGGGCUCAUAGCUCCGCAGCACCAUGGCGGACCAGCUUUAUCUGGAAAAUAUAGACGAGUUCGUCACGGACCAGAACAAGAUCGUGACAUACAAAUGGCUGAGCUAUACACUAGGAGUUCAUGUUAACCAGGCCAAACAGAUGCUGUACGAUUAUGUUGAAAGAAAGCGAAAGGAGAAUUCGGGAGCCCAACUGCAUGUCACCUAUUUAGUGUCUGGCAGUCUCAUUCAGAAUGGACAUUCCUGCCACAAGGUUGCAGUAGUGAGAGAAGAUAAAUUGGAAGCAGUGAAGUCCAAGCUAGCGGUGACUGCCAGCAUCCAUGUGUACAGCAUCCAGAAAGCUAUGCUAAAGGACAGUGGGCCUCUGUUCAAUACGGACUAUGACAUCCUUAAAAGCAACUUGCAGAACUGCAGCAAGUUUAGUGCCAUACAGUGUGCAGCUGCGGUCCCCAGAGCUGCUGCUGAAUCCUCGUCUUCUGAAAAGUUUGAGCAGUCAAAUCUUCAAGUAUCAAGUGAGACACCAGCCAAUAAUGAGUUGACAACCAAUGGUCAUAGUCUACCUACCUCCAAACAGAUUUUCCAACAGCCCAAAGGGAUAAUGGGAAUGUUUGCCUCUAAAGCUGCUUCUAAAACCCAAGAUGUCAACAAGGAAACCAAAACAGAGACUAAAGAGGUAACAAAUGUAUCCACAGGCAACAAGGCACCAGGGAAAGGGAAUGUGAUGAGCAAUUUUUUUGGAAAAGCUGCUAUGAAUAAACUUAAAGUCAAUUUGGAUUCAGAACAAGCAGUGAAAGAAGAAAAAAUAGUGGAGCAACCUCCAGUGUCUGUCACUGAACCAAACCUGGCAGCCCCUACAGGCCUGAAGAAAUCCAGCAAAAAAGCAGAGCCUGUUAAGAUGCAGCAGAAGGAAAAAAAAAGGGGGAAGCGAGUGGAGUUAUCUGAUGAUGAGACAAAAGAAACUGAAAAUAUGAAGAAAAAGAGGAGACGAAUCAAACUUCCUGAGUCUGAUAGCAGUGAAGAUGAAGUCAUACCAGAUUCUCCUGGGGAUUAUGAAGCUGAGUCACCAUCCCCACCUCCUCCUCCUUCUCCACCUCCGGAACCACUGCCGAAUAAUGAACCGGAGCCUCCUUCUGUCAAGAGCUCAAGUGGAGAAAAAAGAAAACGAAAGCGGGUGCUGAAAUCGAAAACUUUUGUGGAUGAGGAAGGCUGCAUAGUGACUGAAAAAGUCUACGAGAGUGAAUCCUGCACAGAUAGUGAAGACGAGCUUAAGAUGAAGACCUCCUCUGUACACAGACCCUCUACUAUGACUGUGAAAAAAGAACCCAAAGAAGAACGAAAGGGCCCAAAGAAAGGGACUGCUGCUCUGGGCAAAGCCAACAGACAAGUGUCCAUUACUGGCUUCUUCCAGAGGAAGUGAACUGCUGACUCUGUUAAGUCAGAGACAUGGAGUGGUCCAAGGAGAAGACCAAGACACAGACUCUCGCUUACUGUGUAAGUUCAUCUUGUGCCUCACCUUGCCUCUAUCAAAAGACUUCUUCCAUCCUGUGAGGUUUAUACUGUUUCUGGUUUUUAACCAAAGGGAAAGCACCUGGAAGCAAGAGGCAAAAGAAUAUUUAAGAAGCCGUUGUGUUCUAAGGACAUUUUUUUAAGCACAAUCUUUGACCUGUUCUGGAGAAGAAUUCACUCCAAAAAUAAAUUGGAACAGGUUUCAGAAUUAUCACUGAAGCCAUUUAGUUGCUAAUUCAUUGGGCCCUACCCACCCUGUGCCCUGAGCACUUACGGCUCUGGAAGUAUUCUUCCUUGUUCCUUUGCAUUCUCUGGACUUGUGUGGGUCUUCAUUUAUCCCUGAUUUUUACUGGACAUGUUUACCACUCCCCCUAUAAUCCCUUCCCCACUACCAUAUUUCUGUAUGAAGCCAUUUUCUGUAAGUCUUUUAAAUCUUGGUUGGACUAAAGGCUGAAACAAAAAUCUCCCUGUAAUCCUCUAAU